AUGGACAGGUCUUAUCUCAAGUACCGGUGGCAGCCUUUCAGCUGCAACCUUCCCAGGUUUAAUGGGGUGCAGUUUUUGGAGAAGUGGAGAGGGAAGAGGUUUAUGUUUGUGGGUGACUCACUGAGUUUCAAUAUGUGGAUCUCACUGAGUUGCAUGAUCCACUCGUGGGUGCCUAAUGCGAAGUAUAAUUUAGUCAAAACUGGUGGUGUUCUUACUGAACUUACGUUUCAGGAUUACGGACUAAAAAUAUCAGUAUAUCGUACAACCACCAUAGUUGACAUUGUGAACGAAAAAGUGGGUCGGGUUCUAAAACUAGAUUCGAUCCGUCAAGGAAACGCGUGGAAGGGUAUGGACGUACUAAUUUUUAACUCGUGGCAUUGGUGGACUCAUACUGGACGUGACCAACCAUGGGAUUACAUAGGGGAAGGAGGGAAAGUGUAUAAAGACAUGAAUAGGCUUGUGGCAUACUAUAAAGGGAUGACAACAUGGUCGAGAUGGGUCAAUCGCUUCGUUGACCCCUCGAAAACCAAAGUUUUCUUCCAAGGCAUUUCUCCUGUCCAUUACGAUGGAAGGGAUUGGAAUCAACCAUCAAAAUCAUGCAAGAGUGAAACUCAACCAUUCUUCGGUUUACAAUAUCCCGCUGGCACACCCAUGGCAUCUCUUGUACUCAAUAAAGUCAUGAGCCGAAUCAAAAAACCUGUCUACUUGUUAGACAUCACAACACUGUCUCAAUACCGAAAGGAUGCUCACCCGAUUUACUAUAGUGGCAACCACAUUGGCUUAGAUUGUAGCCAUUGGUGCCUACCUGGUUUACCAGAUACAUGGAAUGUAAUUCUCAAUGCAGCUCUCUCCAGUUAAAGAUUGUGAGACGACUGAUUUCACAUUAGAAACAUUUCCUAUACGUUUUACAUGCGUGAUUUAUUAGUCAUAGUCUUGAUGGCUUCAUUAGUUUCCAUUUUUAUACAGCUUGGUUCGUAAUUGUCUAUGAAAUAAAGAGGGCAUAGAAAUGAUUCAUUUGUAAAAUCUCGAAAUUUGAUUGUAUUUAUAUUCUACUAAAGAAAAUCAGAGUUGCAACUUUUGUUCA